AUGGGAGGGGUUGGAAAGACAAAUCUCUUGAAUGAAAUCAAUAACUCAUUACAAGGUGGUGAUGCUUACAACAUGGAGUUCAAGUAUGUCAUUUAUCUGGUAGUUUCAAAAGAACCUCAAUUUGAGAAGCUUCAAAAGGAGAUAUCUGAAAGGCUGGGAUUGCAACCUCCUCACUCUAUGAAGAAUGAUAUAUUUGAGUUUUUGAAGAACAAGGACUUUUUGCUACUCUUAGAUGAUAUAUGGAAGGCAGUGGACCUUCCUGAAACCCUUGGAAUUCCACUUCCUCACCAUCAAAGCCAAAAUUGGGAAGACAGAGGUCCAAGGUACAAGCACAAGGUGAUCUUCACAACCAAAGAAGAUGAUGUGUGUGCUCAGAUGAAGGCUGACAAGAAGAUCAAAGUUGAAUGUUUGGACGAAGAAGAAGCAUGGCAUCUUUUCAUGCAGCACGCAAAUGAAGAGAUCAUCAGUUCCAAUGUUGUUAUUAAGAAACUAGCAAGGGAAGUUAUGGAGAGGUGCGCAGGCUUACCACUUGCCCUUAAAGUCAUUGGUCGAGCCAUGUCGAAUAAGAAGACACCUGAAGAGUGGCGUCACAUGCUGAAGUUGUUAAUCAAGGUGGACAUCAAGACCGUCACUGAUAUCGAAGAAUCAUUGUUUCACAACUUAAAGGUCAGUUAUGAUAAUUUGGUUAGUGAUACUCUGCGAGAAUGUUUCUUGUGUUGUGCUCAAUGGCCUGAAGAUGAACGCAUUCCAGUCUAUGAUCUUAUAGAGCACUGGAUUGCACUUGGAUUGAUCAGUGACUUUGGAAACAUAGGGGAAGCCUUUGACGAGGGAUAUUCUAUUAUUGCAAAAUUAAAUGAAACAUGUUUGUUGGAAUUGGGGUUUUACUUUAACUCUGGUGAUGAGUAUGUCAAAUUACAUGAUGUGAUUCGUGAUAUGGCACAGUGGAUUGUGUCCGAGUGUGGGAAAGAAAAGAACAAAUGGAUUGUUUGUGGAAGAGGUGAUGAUUUAAGACAAUUUUCAGAGUGGGAAGCAGGCAACUGGAAGGAGACAGAACUAAUAUCUUUCAAAGGUACUAACUUUAACAAGACUCUCCAAAAAUUAUUAAGUGAUCAAAAUAUUGUUGAAAAGGGCCAAGUUUCUUGUGCAUCAACUUCUCCAAGAUAUCCUAAUCUCCAGAGUUUAUUUCUUGAAGGAUAUUCUAAAUCUGUUCAUAUGUCCCGGCAGUUCGUUGUAAAUGUUUUCCCCCAUAUGCCAUCUCUCACACACUUGAAUCUAUCUGGGAUACCUAUCACAGGUCUUUCAAAAGAAAUUCGAGUUCUAGUUAAUCUUCGAUACAUCAACAUCAGCAACACAAAAAUUCAAUCACUGCCAUCUGAACUAAAAGAGUUGAAGGAAUUAAAGUACUUCCUUUUCAGAUGUAAAUAUUAUAGAGGCAGAGAUGUUCUUAAGGUUGAUGGAUUGUCUACAUUAUCAAUGUUGCCCAAAUUGCAAGUGCUUGAUCUUUAUGGAAAUACUUGUUUAGAAGCAGGUGACUUGAGGUUAUUGAUGGAGAGGAAUAGGAUGAAAGGAAUCAGUAUGCUUGUGGAAUCGGUUGAGAUUCUUAGACUUCUCAAACAUUUGCCGACUUGGAAAAUAAGGUUGCACAGCAUGCAGAAUAUGCAUACUCUCCAGUUUUGUGACUUGAGUUACAAACAUGAUGAGGGUUUGAUGGAGUUAGGCAUCACUCGAUGUGGCUUUGAGGAGUUGUUGAUAAAUGGCGGUGGGAGUCGGGUCUAA